AUGAGGAGAGAGCCGGACUCAGCUGUCCCUGAAUCAAGAAAAGGCCUUGAUGCCACUGAGGCUGGGAGCAGAGCGGAGAUAUGGGAAGGAGCUGUGCAGAAGACCCGAGAAGAGAACAACAUCCUCUCUCCAGAUGUGCAUCGCCAGCAAUUCAGGCAGUUCUGCUAUCAGGAGGACAAGGGCCCCCGAGAGGCCUGCAGCCGACUCCACCAUCUUUGCCAUCAAUGGCUGAAGCCGGAAAAGCACAGCAAGAAGGAGGUGCUGGACCUGGUGCAGGAGAGGAUGGCGCAGGAGCUUUACCACAGAGCAGCUUUUCCAGCGGCUGAUGGUUGCCAGAAAAACUACGAGGGUGAAUCACAACACUUCUUAUUUGACGAAAAACAGCAGAAGAGAAAUGCUAGAAUGAAAAGGAAGAGGGUGAAAGAAUGCUCUGCUUCUCAGGCUGCUGAAUCCCAGGUGUUUGAUACACACUGGAGAAUCCACACAGGGGAGAAACCUGGUAAAUGCUUAGAGCGUAGAAGGAGCUUUGCUCAGAGUUCAAAGCUUACUAGACAUCAGUGUAGCCACACUGGAAAGAAACCUUAUAAAUGCUUGCAGUGUGGAAAGAGCUUUACACGGAAUUCAGAACUUACUAUCCAUCAGCGUACCCACACUGAGAAGAAACCAUAUAAAUGCUUGCAGUGUGGAAAGAGCUUUGCUUGGAGUUCUCUGCUUACUAUCCAUCAGCGUACCCACACUGGGGAGAAACCUUAUAAAUGCUUGCAGUGUGGAAAGAGCUUUGCUUCAAAUUCAGAAUUUACUAAACAUCAGCGUAUCCACACUGGGGAGAAAUCUUAUAAAUGCUUGGAGUGUGGAAAGAGCUUUGCUCAGGGUUCAUAUCUUAGGGUCCAUCAGCGUAUCCACACUGGGGAGAAACCAUAUAAAUGCUUGCAGUGUGGAAAGAGCUUUGCUUGGAGUUCUCUGCUUACUAUCCAUCUGCGUACCCACACUGGGAAGAAACCAUAUAAAUGCUUGCAGUGUGGAAAGAGCUUUGCUGAGAGUUCAAACUUUACUAGACAUCAGCGUAUCCACACUGGGGAGAAACCUUAUAAAUGCUUGGAGUGUGGAAAGAGCUUUGCUCAGGGUUCAUAUCUUAGGGUCCAUCAGCGUAUCCACAGUGAGGAGAAACCUUACAAAUGCUUGCAAUGUGGAAAGAGCUUUACUCGGAAUUCAGAACUUACUAUCCAUCAGCGUACCCACACUGGGAAGAAACCAUAUAAAUGCUUGCAGUGUGGAAAGAGCUUUGCUGAGAGGUCAAACUUUACUAGACAUCAGCGUACCCACACUGGGGAGAAACCAUAUAAAUGCUUGCAGUGUGGAAAGAGCUUUGCUUGGAGUUCUCUGCUUACUAGACAUCAGCGUACCCAUACUGGGGAGAAACCAUAUAAAUGCUUGCAGUGUGGAAAGAGCUUUGCUGAGAGUUCAAACUGUACUAGACAUCAGCGUAUCCACACUGGGGAGAAACCAUAUAAAUGCUUGCAGUGUGGAAAGAGCUUUGCUGAGAGUUCAAAGCUUACUAUCCAUCAGCGUACCCACACUGGGGAGAAACCUUAUAAAUGCUUGCAGUGUGGAAAGAGCUUUGCUUCAAAAUCAAAACUUACUAAACAUCAGCAUAUCCACACUGGGGAGAAACCAUAUAAAUGCUUGCAAUGUGGAAAGAGCUUUGCUAGGAGUUUACAGCUUACUAGACAUCUGCAAACUCACACUGGGGAGAAACCUUAUAAAUGCUUGCAGUGUGGAAAGAGCUUUGCUUCAAGUUCAGAGCUUGAUAUCCAUCAGCGUACCCACACUGGGGAGAAACCAUAUAAAUGCUUUCACUGUGAAAAAGGCUUUGCUUCAAGUACUUUGCUUACUAGACAUCAGCGUACCCACACUGGGGAGAAACCUUAUAAAUGCUUGGAGUGUGGAAAGAGCUUUGCUCAGGGUUCACGGCUUACUAGACAUCAGUGUAUCCACAGUGGGGAGAAACCUUACAAAUGCUUGCAAUGUGGAAAGAGCUUUGCUUGGAAUUCUCUGCUUACUAUCCAUCAGCGUACCCAUACUGGGGAGAAACCAUAUAAAUGCUUGCAGUGUGGAAAGAGCUUUGCUGAGAGUUCAAACUUUACUAGACAUCAGCGUAUCCACACUGGGGAGAAACCAUAUAAAUGCUUGCAGUGUGGAAAGAGCUUUGCUUCAAGUACUUUGCUUACUAGACAUCAGCGUACCCACACUGGGGAGAAACCUUAUAAAUGCUUGGAGUGUGGAAAGUGCUUUGCUGAGAAUGCAAAGCUUACUAUCCAUCAGCGUGUCCACACUGGGGAGAAACCUUAUAAAUGCUUGGAGUGUGGAAAGAGCUUUGCUCAGGGUUCACGGCUUACUAGACAUCUGCGUAUCCACACUGGGGAGAAACCUUAUAAAUGCUUGGAGUGUGGAAAGUGCUUUGCUGAGAAUGCAAAGCUUACUAUCCAUCAGCGUGUCCACACUGGGGAGAAACCUUAUAAAUGCUUGAAGUGUGGAAAGAGCUUUGCUCGGAGUUCACAGCUUACUAGACAUCUUCAUAUUCACACUGGGGAGAAACCUUAUAAAUGCUUGGAGUGUGAAAAGGGCUUUGCUCAGAAAUCACAUCUUAGGGUCCAUCAACGUAUCCACUCUGGGUAG